CACAACGUUGAACUCAUCCAUCAUGUCUUCCGGCCAGGUUACUGAAAUCGACAACCCCGUGGUCUUCAAGGCCCUCAUCUCCUCCGGCGUCGUGGUGGUCGACUUCUUCGCGACGUGGUGCGGCCCCUGCAAGGCGAUCGCCCCGCAGGUCCAGAAGUUCAGCGAGACCUACCCGUCCAUCCGUUUCCUGAAGGUGGACGUCGACAAGGUGCCCGAGAUCGCCGCCGAGCACGGCGUCAGCGCCAUGCCCACGUUUUUGUUCUUCAAGGAUGGAGAGAAGGUGGAUAUGGUCCGGGGGGCGAACCCGCCCGCCCUGCAGAAGGCGGUUGCGGCGCUGGCUUGAAGAAAGGAUUGUCUUGAAUAGACGGUUUAAUGUAUUAGACUGUUCAAUAUGAAUCGAUUUCUGUGGCUGGAGACAGCAAGAUAUCACUACCACAUGCAGCCUCGGUUCGUUACACGGUCAUCCCCGGGUCAGUGUCACUAGGAGUAUAUGAAAUUGUAGACGGUUUCUACGACUGCGACACAGAUGACGAAGUCGAGGCACUGCAAUAGUUACAAUAGUUCAAAAGCUACACUCGUACA